GCUCCUGGUGACCUACUGUUCCUCUUGGAAGCUGAUUCAGUGCUGGGGACAGCAGGAAUUUGCCAUUCCUGAUAACGUUCUGGGGAUCGUCUACGGGCAAACCAUUUGCUGGAUUGGAGCGUUUUUCUCACCUCUUCUCCCUGCAAUUGCAACCUUGAAAUUCAUUAUCAUCUUUUAUGUGAAAGAGAUGAGUCUUCUUUAUACCUGCAGACCCUCCCCAAGGCAGUUCAGAGCAUCCAAUUCUAAUUUCUUCUUCCUGUUGGUGUUGUUGAUUGGGCUGUGUUUGGCCAUGAUACCUCUGACAAUCAGCAUGGCACGCAUCCCUUCCUCAAAAGCCUGUGGGCCAUUCACCAACUUCAACACCACCUGGGAGGUGGUCCCCAAGACAGUGAGCACCUUUCCCAGCUCACUGCAGUCCCUGGUCUAUGGCGUCACAUCGGAAGCCUUUGCAGUGCCUUUUUUCAUAAUCAUCUG